CCUCUCACUUCCCUUCCUCUAUUUGUGCCCCUUGCAGACUCUGCGUGUGGACUGUGCUGAAGUAGAUUUGGUUUGGUUGACAUUUCAAAAAUAUUAUACGACGCAGUGUACGUAUUGGGUACCCAUCGAAGAAGGGAGAAAACUGGUUAUGACGUACGUGAGGAGUCCUCGGUUGAAUUUAAAUCAGAGAGUAAACUAACUUUUACAUGGGAGAUAAAACGAGCAGACGCUGUCGAUCGACUCGGCGGACAAGAACGAUCUCGACCAUGUUUGUCAAGGUCAAGCUGCUGCUGCUUCUGUGCCCAUUUCUCUCUCUGGUCAUGACGUUGGCGGCCUCAGAUGAUGCUAAUUUUACCUAUAAUGACUUCCGAGGUGCUAAUCUUAGCCUAGACGGCUCCGCACAAAUCACACCCAACGGCCUCCUGAUGCUAACCAACGAAUCUAGUCGACAAAUGGGUCAUGCCUUCUAUCCAUGCCCUCUCCAGUUCAAGAAUCAAUCCGACGGUAAUGUUUUCACUUUCUCUUCCACUUUCGUAUUCGGGAUCCUCUCCGAGUAUCAAAAUUUAAGCGCUCAUGGAAUUGCUUUCGUGAUCACACCUUCAAGAGGGUUUCCGGGAGCUCGACCGACCCAAUAUCUAGGCCUCUUCAAUGAGUCCACAAACGGUGAUCCGUCCAACCAUAUUGUCGCAGUUGAGCUCGACACCUUCCAUAGCAAAGAAUUCUCUGAUAUCGAUGACAAUCAUGUCGGCAUCGACAUUAACAACUUAACAUCUGUUGAUUCCAAGCCAGCAUCUUAUGCCACCGAUCAAAGUGGUGGGCAUAAGAACAUAAGCCUCAAGAGUGGGAAAGCAAUGCAAGUAUGGAUCGAGUAUAAUGGCUUGGACGGUCGAAUUAAUGUCACAUUAGCUCCGAUUAAUGUGCCUAAACCAGAUAUCCCACUCUUGUCUUUGCGUUAUAAUCUUUCACCGAUCAUGAAAGACUCCAUGUACGUUGGCUUCUCGUCAGGGACGGGCACCGUUCCUACGUUCCAUUACGUGUUGGGAUGGAGCUUUAAGAUGAAUGGACCAGCUAAAGAGCUCGUCAUCUCCCAACUUCCGAAGCUACCUCGAGUAGGACCCAAAGAGCAUUCCAAAUUUCUGACGGUGGGAAUGCCCAUUAUAGGCCUGGUUUUAGCUUCCACAGUCAUCUCCGUUAUCCUUUUCAUCGUGAGAAGGAAGAGAAAGUUCGCUGAAGAACUUGAAGAUUGGGAACUAGAGUAUGGGCCUCACAGAUUCAAAUACAAAGAUCUUUACACCGCCACCAAGGGAUUUAGGGACAAAGAGCUUCUUGGUAUCGGAGGUUUCGGUAGGGUCUACAGAGGAGUAUUACCCACCUCCAAAAUCGAAGUUGCAGUGAAGAGAGUCUCUCAUGAAUCCAAACAAGGAACGAGAGAAUUCGUCGCUGAGAUUGUCUGCAUGGGUCGGCUGCAGCAACGAAACUUGGUACAACUCUUGGGCUAUUGCCGGCGUAAAGGAGGAGAGAUCUUACUCGUAUACGAUUAUAUGCCCAAUGGAAGUCUAGACAAGUUACUCUUCAACCAACCAAAGGCCAAACUCAAUUGGGGCCAAAGGUUUCAAAUCAUCAAAGGGGUAGCGUCUGGGCUAUUUUAUCUGCACGAAGGAUGGGAGAAGGUGGUUGUUCACAGAGAUGUCAAGUCCAGCUUAUUAGAUAGUGAAUUUAAUGCAAGGUUAGGAGAUUUUGGGCUCGCAAGACUGUACGGUCAUGGAAGUGAUUUCAAAACUACUCAUGUGGUAGGGACGCUAGGUUACCUUGCACCAGAGCUUACUAGGACCAGUAAACCAUCACCGAGCACAGAUGUGUUCAGUUUCGGGGCUUUUCUGCUUGAAGUGGCUUGUGGAAGAAGGCCAAUAGAUCCACAAGCAUCAGCAGAGGACGUAAUUUUGGUGGACUGGGUGUUCUCAUGUUGGAGUAGAGGGACAAUUCUUGAGACAGUAGAUCCAAAUCUGGGCAGUGACUAUGUAGCCGAGGAAAUAAUUCUAGUGUUAAAGCUUGGCCUGCUUUGCUCUCACUCUAUUCCGACUUCUAGGCCUACCAUGAGACAAGUCAUGCGGUUUUUGGUCGGGGCUGCCCCUCUCCCAGAUUCAUCUUUGCAUGGUUUGAGUGCAAGUGGUCUAAUAUUUGGACACGAUGAAGGCUUCAGCAACUUUGCCACAUUGCCUUCUUCUACAGAAUUGGCAUCCACACAACCAUCGUUGUCUUCAGACUCCCUCCUCUCAACUGGCCGUUAAUAAAUCUGUGUAAGUGCACUGAUCACCUUUUGAUGAUGAAGGAAAAGCAAGGUGGGUUGUGUAAUUUGCCUCAUUGUUUCUGAUUUUUUUAGUGAGUUUACGCAGUGAUU